CCCCCGGCCGCUGCCCUUAGGCCACUUCCUGGGGGCGGAGAGGACUUCAGCGGCUGCGACGACACUGGGGGAAGGCGGCGGCGCCCGGUCUCGAGACUCCCGGCUGCUUCCAUCGGAGUCCUUGGACACUGCCAGCUCGGACUGAGCGUGCAUCCUCGCUCCCCAGCGGACACAGAGGAGCCUCCGGUGUCGGCUCCGGUCAGCCCCUCCUCCAUCUCCUGGAACCCGCGCCGGAGCCAGGCCAGGCCCGGCCUCCGACUGGCUCCCGGAGCUCUGCAUCGACUCGCCCGGAGCGACAGCGCUCUGCCCCAGAGCUCAGAAACCUGACCCUUCAAAGAGUCGGCCUUGUGCUCGCCACCGUCACCUGCUGGUUGGAUUUCGGAAACCCACUGUCUGAAGACCACAUAGAGGAAUCGCUGACCCCCGGAAUCGGACCUAAAUCUCUCGUCCCUCUCUGGCUUCCCUCUGCUGUUUUUAUCCGUUCUCCCAAUCUUUCCGGAAUUUCUGUGCCCAGAACCCUCCCCCACCACAGUAGCUGGAGUGAGCCCCACAUCUUGCUGCCUUGUACUCCAAUUUGUGCCUCCGACCCAGAGACUGCCUGAACUUUACGCCCCAGUUCUGCACACACCCAGGAAGUUCCGCCUUUUCUUCUCUUUCGGUGUCCCCAGUACUCCUCAAAAUUUCCCCUCCUCCUGUGCCCUCUCCGCCCCCCGCCUUUGGGGGCCCUGUGACCCUGAAUGUGGGGGGCACGCUAUAUUCCACCACUUUGGAGACGCUGACUCGAUUCCCAGACUCCAUGCUGGGGGCCAUGUUUAGGGCCGGUACCCCCAUGACCCCCAACCUCAGUCCCCAGGGAGGUGGCCACUACUUCAUCGACCGAGAUGGCAAGGCCUUCCGGCACAUCCUCAACUUUCUGCGGCUGGGCCGCCUGGACUUGCCCCGUGGAUAUGGGGAGACGGCGCUUCUCCGGGCAGAGGCUGACUUUUACCAGAUCCGGCCUCUCCUGGAUGCCUUGCGGGAACUAGAGGCAUCUCGGGGGACCCCGGCACCCACAGCCGCCCUGCUCCACGCAGAUGUAGAAAGCAGCCCCCGCCUGGUGCACUUCUCCGCUCGCCGGGGCCCGCACCACUAUGAGCUGAGCUCUGUCCAGGUGGACACCUUCCGGGCCAACCUCUUCUGCACCGACCCCGAGUGUCUGGGUGCCAUGCGGGCCCGAUUUGGUGUGGCCAAUGACGACAGGGCGGAGGGAGGCCCACACUUUCGUCUGGAGUGGGCCCCCCGCCCCUCGGAACUCCCGGAAGUGGAGUACCAGAGACUGGGGCUGCAGCCCCUGUGGACUGGGGGGCCAGGAGAGCCACGGGAGGUGGUGGGCACCCCGAGCUUCCUGGAGGAGGUGCUGCGGGUGGCCCUGGAGCACGGCUUCCGUCUCGACUCCGUCUUCCCUGACCCCGAAGAUCUGCUCAACUCCCGAUCUCUGCGCUUCGUUCGGCACUAAGAACUGAACUGGGAACGCUGCCCUCCGUUUGACCGGGGCGGGGGGGAAGGGGAAAAAGAAGGGGGUGCCAAAAGGGAUGAAGGCUCUCCUGAGGCCUCUUCCUGGCUCUGCUUGGGGAGCUGUGAGAGUCAGGAGUCCCACUGCACCUGACUGGAGCCCAGAUAUGGGCAGCAAUCCCCAAACCAGAGCCCACAAGACCAGAGGGUCUGGACUGAUGCUAAUCCUGGGAGGGGUAGGGAAGCUUCCCUUGGCUGUUUCUCCUCUGAGCCUGGGGACCUCCAGUGUUUCCUUGCUUGGAGCUCGGUAUUCAGGGUCUGGAAAGGUGGAGACACUUCUCUUGCAGGGCUGGGCUUAUCAGACCUGUGGAGGGACCCUCAGGGUUUGGGGAAAGAGGGUCUUUGGAUUGCUUUAAUGUGGUCUCCUAGACUGUGACUUCUCCUGGAGCUGGUGGCCUGGCCUGGCCUGGCCUGACCAAGGAGAGGCCAGGACACUCCGACACACGGGAAGGGAGAUCCUUUGCCAUGUCCCAAGCCACCACUGAGGGAGACAGAAAGGCUACGCCCCACCCUAGGUGGCCACAAGGGAGCUAGGAGAAUCCCCAUUAACUGUGGGGCUGGAGCAUCCUUCCCAUCUUAAAAGACCCCAUAUUGAUGGUGGGGCUGCCCAGGGGGGAGGCGGGAGCACGUUCUUGGGUCCUGGCCUGUCUUCCUUCGCUUCAGGCAUGUGUACGUGCCUGCCAGCCAGUGGGUCAGAUGAUGUGUGGGGCCCUCACCUCCUGGCUCCCAUCUGUGUUGCUGGAGAUGGUGUCUGUGUGCUGGUCUUUCUGCGGGCUCUUCAUGUGCAGGCUUGUUCGGGGUUGCCUGGCAACUGUUCUGGCACCAGGUGUGCCAGCACCAUGGGUGGAAGCAGACUGAGAAUUAGUUUAAUCACAGGUGUGCGUGCACACAUGUGUCUCACAUCACCACGUCGGCAGGAGGAGCCUGCCGGGCCUUGAGUCACUAGGCUCUGCUGCUGAGAAGUGAGAGAAGUCACUGGGGCUCAGCCGGGCCUUGGAGCCCUGUAUAGAACUCUCGGUUGCUAGGGCAACCAUGAGCCUGUUGCUAGGAGAUAGCUGGGGAAGGCCCAAGGCUGUCCAGGGCAGAGAGAUGAACAGAGGAGUUUGAGAGAGUGGGGGAGGCUAUGGAAAAGGAUGGGAUUUCUGGGUCCCUGGGGGAUGGGAUACUCACAAACGACUUCUUCACUGGGGGAGUCGCUUGCUAUUUAUCACUGGUCACGAUUUACAAGAAGACAAAUAAAAUUGCUUUUAGAACCGCGAA